AUGAUCAAAGAGCUUGCACAGAAGCGGCAGUACCUCAAGGACAACGGGUACCUCAGCCUCCAAGAUGAGCGUGAGGAGCUCCAGAAACAAGUCAAUGCUCAGUCUCGGCUAGGCCGCACUGGCUCCUACCGACAUCAUGGUGCGGGAGCUCUGAAGCCAGUCACUAGACAUCUCAACUCGAAUAAGCCAGGAUUGGCAGGUAACAAUACCGACUCACCCGGCAAGAUUGCGAAGAAGCCUAAGAAGCCGGCACCUGGACGUUAA